GAUGACGAUUUGGAACAAGCCCCUUGGUCACACCGUGCGAGUAUCUUGUGAUAAGCAUGUUGUUUUCAGAAAAAAGCUGAAGUCAUCCCAGAUCGCAAAAUACUCCAACCUCGCGUCGAAUGAAGGAUAAUUUUACAUUGCACACGAAGAAGGCUAAUUUAUGACAAUAUUCCCUCAUCUGCCCUCUUCUCAGACUGAAUACAAUGACUGUGCAGAUAGGGGUGGUGUGUCUGGCUCUGCUAGGCCUGACUUCAGCUCUGAUUUGUCCCGAUGGUGGGAUGUGUGAAGAUGGGAACACCUGCUGCAAGACGCCCAGCGGUGGAUAUGGCUGCUGUCCACUACCGAAUGCUGAGUGCUGCUCAGACCACCUGCAUUGCUGUUAUGAGGGGACAGUGUGUGAUUUAGUGCACUCCAAGUGCCUUAAUAAAACCGUCUCUCUGCCGUGGGUCAGAAGAGUUCCUGCCAAACACCUAAUCGGCCAUCUGAUGCUGGAGGGAGUGAAGGCAGUCAAAUGUCCCGACGGCGAGGCAGAGUGUCCAGACGACACCACCUGCUGUCAACUCCCAGACGGUUCCUGGGGCUGCUGUCCCCUGGCCAAGGCAGUGUGCUGUGAGGACAAGAUGCACUGCUGUCCAGAGGGCACCAAAUGUGACCUAGCCCACUCCAAGUGUGUGUCGCCCACCCUGGACACGUUCCUCAUGAAGGAGAAAGUGCCUGCAAGGAAGAGGCAGACAGUAGCUGUAGUUGGACAAGCAGUGACCUGCCCAAGUGGUAAGAGCACGUGCCCAGACGGAACCACCUGUUGCCUGCUGGCCAGUGGAGACUUUGGCUGCUGCCCCUACCCUGAGGCUGUGUGCUGUACCGACAAACUCCACUGUUGCCCUGGCAACUCAACUUGUAACCUGGAGCAUGAGAUGUGCACUUCCCCCGAUACACAGACUCCAUUGGCCAAGAAGAUCCCUGCCAUCCCCAACGAUGUGGAUUGUCCAGACAGGUUGUCAUCGUGUCCUGAACUCACCACUUGCUGCCUGCUGGUGGAUGGGAGCUAUGGCUGCUGCCCUAUGCCCAGUGCUGUGUGUUGUUCGGAUGACCUCCACUGCUGUCCACAGGGCACUACCUGUGACCUGGAACAGGGCACCUGUGUGUCUAAACAUGGCCAAACCCCCAUGGCUGUCAAAUUCCCCGCCACAUUGACCACCACAUCCCUACAGAGCAGAGUCAAUGCUGUGCCCUGCAACGACUCUGUGGCCUGUGCUGAUGGGAGCACGUGCUGUAAAUCACUAGCUGGAGAAUGGCUCUGCUGCCCCCUGCCCAAGGCUAUGUGUUGUGAUGACCAUCUCCACUGCUGCCCCCAUGGGACCAUCUGUAACUUGGUAGAGAGUACGUGUGAUGACCCCUCCUCGGGCUCUGCCCUGGUUCCCAUGCUGGACAAGGUGCCUGCCUUCAGCUAUGUGUCGGAGAAGGAGCCGCUGCCCAACAGCAAAUGUGAAGAAUCCACGUCGUGCCCGGGCAAAUCCACAUGCUGCAAGACCACCACAGGAAACUGGGCCUGCUGCCCCUUGCCCAAUGCGGUGUGUUGCAACGACCACCUCCACUGCUGCCCCCACGGCAACGUGUGUAACCUGGAGGCCAGUACCUGUGAUGAUCCCUCAGGCUUCACCAUGCCGUGGGUCACCAAGGUGCCAGCCCUCGCCACCCAGGCACCACUGGCCACUGAGAAGUGUGACGAACAGACCAUGUGCCCCGGGGGCACCACCUGCUGCAGGCAGAACUCAGGACAGUCGGCAUGCUGUCCUCUACCUCAUGUGGUGUGCUGCGACGACCAUGAGCACUGCUGCCCUAAAGGCUACACGUGUAAUGUGGCCGAACAGACCUGUGACAAGCCCGGGCUCCUCAGCCUGCCCUGGGUCCCCAAGCUGCGAGCCCUGCCCCUGCAUAGGGGGCUUCCCCAGGCCAGUACCCCCUCCGUCCCCCCAGCCAAGAACAUGUGUGACCCCCACACUAGCUGCCCCAAAGAUACCACCUGCUGCUUCAUGAAAAAGGCUGGCAAAUGGGGGUGCUGCCCCCUGCCAAAGGCAGUGUGCUGUGCCGACGGAGACAACUGCUGCCCCAGCGGCUACAGCUGUGAUAACCACAAGACCUCCUGCUCUAAGGGCCGCCUGACCAUCCCUUGGUACCGCAAGGAGAAGGCCCUGACUGAGGGAGCCAUGUUGAAAGACGUGAAGUGUGACGACAGGAGCAGCUGCGCCUCGGGGACCACCUGCUGCAAGCUGCCCACGGGAGAAUGGGGCUGCUGUCCUCUGGUCAAGGCUGUUUGCUGUACAGACCAAGAGCACUGCUGCCCACAGGGCUACAGCUGCAACAUGCAGACUGGGACCUGUGAGAAACCGGUAGAGGGUGUGCUCCCCCAUACAAUGCCCCUGACGAAGGUGGAAGAGUCCCAGCAGAGAGCAGCGGAGAUGGGGGUAGAUGUGAAGUGUGAUGGCACUGGAGAGUACAGCUGUCCCAAACUGCAGACAUGCUGCAAGACCUCACCCACAGAAUGGUCCUGCUGCCCUGCACCAAAGGCAGUAUGCUGCAGUGAUGCCAAGCACUGCUGCCCCAUGGGAUACACAUGUAACCUAGGGAAGGGAGGCUGCUCCCAGCAGGCGGAGUUGACCUGGGACAUUUUCUUCACCCACAACAAAAAGAGAGACUUUGUUCCUUUUGGACUUUGAGCCAGUCAGGAAGCAGCACUGAUCUAAUGUUCCUCCCUCCAGCACUAACUAACCUGCAGAACAUGCCAUAAGAGGAACACAACCUUAUGGACAAGGGACUGAAUAUUUUGUAUUUUCUAUCUAUCUUUCUUUUUUUUGAAGUGAAUGUAUUUGGUUUUCAAUUGGGGUAGAACCAGGAAAUGGAAAUGGUUGGAAGUCGAGAAUUCAGCAUCUACACCAAACGCCCAUCUAGAGCGUUUUUUUUUUUAUGCAGCUAGCUUGUCCGUUUGUCCCUCUUAAUGUCUUUUAGAUUUACGUUUAGUUACUUCUGCCCCAUAUCAUGCCAUUUUCUCUAUGCAAAUGAGAAACAUUAAUGUAUUAUAGUCUCUUGUUGGAACUCUCACUCUCCAGAAUAAGCCUGCAUUUGUAUACAAAACUAUUUUCAAGAACGCAGCUACAUCCUAUAAGAAAGGAUGAUUUUCAUGUUUCGUUGAUGUAGGGCACAACCUAGCAUUAGUAAGUGACCGUUAGUGUAUUGUUCUAGCUGGAAGCACUACGUAGCCAUUGAUCAGCCGACAGUGUUAGUGAUUUAACAUUUUGUUCGAUUUUAUUUCUGUUUUGGCUGCUGGUUCUUUAUUUUCUGUGAAGUGAGGAUCGAGAUGGAUGGUCCAACCUCAGACAGUUCUGUCAUUAAAAUUUGAAUGCUGUCACUCAAACCCGUCAAGUCAUAGCCAUUUUCUUAAAUGUGUAAUUUCCAUGGAUCUAUAUACAUCUUUAUAAUCGUAUAGUUGGAAUACAUUACAAUCAGUUGCAUACAAUGUAUUUAAAGCAAAACCUUUUAAUCAGUCAUUUUAUCUUGAUUUCAUAAUACUCAUUUUUGAUCACUAUUAUGAUCAAUACAAAUUAUCAUAAAUAACUUUGUUUUAAAUAAAGGAUUGUGCCCAUAGAGAUCCUAUUAAAUUAUUCUAAUUCCUAAUUCUAUGGUUGUGCCUUUUAGGUUUUCAGUAUAGGAAUUACUUGGAAACCCCAGUUAAAUGGUUUCUACAUGCAAUUUGUGGUGCUUUUACAAAAGUGAUAGGGAAGUCAAUCUAGUUCAUAGGAAUGAUGUAUGAUUAAGGGCUUGUAAGUAAGCAUUUCACUGUAAGGUCUACACCUGUUGUAUUCAGCGCAUGUGACAAAUAAAAUUUGAUUUGAUUGGUUGAUAUCAAAAUGGACACCAAACACUGUGUUCUACCAGCCCUAGUAAUACUAAGCAACAAUACAACUUUGAAAAUCAAUGCAUACACAAUACCAGUUAGCGUAUCAUAACUACCGACUAACGUCCCAAAUUUGUAUCUGUACUCAAUUAUAGCUUUUUGUUUUGGAUUUGACAUUAUUUAUUUUAAUAAAUGUGAUGUUAUUAAUAAAGGAAGGGCACGUUUCUCUGUUAAUUCUAGUUUCCUUUUAAAAUAUUUUAUCUCAUUGAAGAGAGGGUGAAUUUGUGUCAGUGAUAAGUGUAUGCCAACUGAGGUGAAAUAAAAUUGUUUAAAAUA